AUGCGUGUCGAGUCAUUGCCGGAUACCCCGAGCUUCAAGCUUCAAGAGGCAGCCUUGAGGAGCGCCACGACAGAUGGCCUGCUGGUGCACCCGUUCAUCGCAGUCUGCCAUGUCUAUUUUGCGCUCAUGGACGGCAUCCGUAAGAAGUACAGAGAGCUAGUAAGCGCGCUCAGCGAUAUAAGAAUCGGUGUUGCGCAGCCCAAUUCUUCAGUUCUCAAACCCUCUUCCUCUUUUUCAGAUCAAGGUACUGGGUACAUAUUUGCCCGCGUUAACCAUGGAUUGGAGGACUUCCACAUUAAUCUGACGUCGCUGGGUCACGACGCGGAGAAGGCUGUUGGCGGCCUGCUGCAAUUCGCCCCAGAUCUACUCCAUUCCCUCUCUCAUGGCCAUUCAGAGUCCGAGACAGCCGACGCGGCCGACGCCUUAGGUGACCUCGGUGAAGACGCAGCCGGCUUAUCCGAACUGUUGGUGAGAGUUGCUCCGAGCUCAGAGGCCAUCCACUUCAACCAGACGGCGACUGGCCACGAGAUCGAAGGCGCUACCGGCGAUGUUCCGGCGCUCCCCCUGACUGUGCUCACAUGGCUCAGAGGUGGUGCUGAAGAAGAGCGAUACGUUAAGACGCGCCGAGGGCUCGUAAACAAAAUGGUACGGGGAGGAGUAUUGGACAAGUUGGAUUGA